AUGUCACACCACCCCACAGGAAAGUCGCUCUUUUUGGGGAGCUUCAUCCACAGCAAGAGCUUGGAUGAGCUUGAGUACUUGCAUGAUUCAGCCGUUCUCGUCAAUGAGCAUGGGGCUAUUGUUGCGAUUGAGAAAGGAUGUGAUCUAAAGAAGGCAGAGGAGACGCUCUUUCCAAAACUUGGCUGGUCUGCUGGAGAUGUCAUGGUGAAGACCACAAAACCUGGACAGUUCUUCUUUCCCGGAUUCAUUGAUACGCAUAUCCAUGCUUCUCAAUACCCAAACGCCGGUAUUUUUGGCAAGACCACUUUGCUCGACUGGCUGAACACCUAUACUUUCCCCAUGGAAAGCAGUCUAUCCGUAGAGUCAAAAGCCAAGACAGUUUAUACUCGCUGUAUCCAACGGACACUCUCAAACGGAACAACCACCGCCUCCUAUUACGCCACCAUUUCCGUGCCCUCCACCAACUUGCUAGCAGACCUCUGCCUCGAAUAUGGCCAACGAGCAUUCAUCGGCCGCUGCUGCAUGGACAGCCUCUCCCCAGACUUCUACCGCGACGAGUCCCCCGCCACAGCACUGGCCGACACCCGCGCAACAAUCUCCCACAUCGCCAGCAUCGACCCCUCCCACUCCCUCAUUACGCCCAUCAUCACGCCCCGUUUCGCUCCCAGCUGUUCCAGCGAACUGAUGCACGGUCUCGGCGCUCUACAGAAGGAAACCAAUCUCCCAGUACAAACCCACAUCGCCGAGAACCCCAAAGAAGUCGCGCUGGUGAAAUCUCUGUUCCCGGAGCACGAGAGCUAUACUCAUGUGUACGACAACCAUGGGCUUUUGGGACCCAAGACAAUCCUGGCUCAUGCGGUGCAUUUGAGUGAGGUGGAGGUGAAUCUGAUUAAGGAGCGAGAGGGCAAAAUUAGUCAUUGUCCGGCCAGCAAUUCGGCGAUCACGAGUGGGACGGCGAAGGUUAGGUGGUUAUUGAAUAAGGGGGUUGAGGUUGGUCUGGGGACGGAUAUGAGUGGUGGGUACAGUCCUAGUAUUUUGGAGGCUGUGAGGCAGGCGAGCUUGGUUAGUAGGCAUGUGGCAAUGGGUGGGGAGGAUGAGGCGAAGUUAAGUAUUGAGGAGGUAUUGUAUUUGGGGACGAAGGGAGGUGCGAAGGUUGUUGGGUUGGGAGAUAAGAUUGGCGGGUUUGGCGUGGGUAUGGAGUGGGAUGCGCAGUUGAUUGGGUUGGGAGGUGUAGAUGGGGAUUUGGGCUUUGGUGAUGAGGGACCAGUGGAUAUCUUUGGUUGGGAGACUUGGGAGGAGAGGGUUGCAAAGUGGGUUUUCAACGGCGAUGAUAGGAAUACGCAAGCGGUUUGGGUAAAGGGACGAUUGGUCCAUGAGAGGAAGAUUUGA